GGUUCUGCUAUCUCGUGACUCGUGAAGAUCUAAAGAUAUCACAAACCGCAAAAACUUGCGGAAGAGUUGACGAUCGAGUUUGUGAAGACAUGAUUAGUGAGUUGCCCGAAGAUUUACUUUUGAAGAUAUUUUUGUUUGUUCCAAUAAAAGACGCAGUUACAAACGCUGUUAAUCGCGGUGUGGAUGAUCUAACAUUCAAGCUUCGUUGGCCCAUAGAUCCGGUCAGCUUGCCUAAGAGCCUU